AUGAUAGAAAGUGACAUCCCACCCAAAAUGUCAGGAAUGAUCAGAAGUUCGGGGCUCAGUCACCACCGCUCUCCGCAGGAAUUCAGACUCCUGCCUCCCAUGGGUGACGAUGACCUCCCCGGGGACCUGCAGUCGCUGUCUUGGCUCACAGCCGUGGACGUGCCUCGGCUGCAGCAGAUGGCCAGCGGGCGGACAGAGCUGGGUGGCCCCAGUGUGCUGCGUCCACACCCAGGUGCCUUGGCUGGGGCAGCAGACCUGAGUGUGGGUGCGACCCCUCGUCCCCUGCUCCGGGGCCAAGCUGCCAUGGCCCCCAGAGGCAUGCUGGGUUUGGGCCCCAUAGGCAGCCACAGAGCCAGCGCUGAGCAGAUGAACCAGUUCCCCAUAGGAAGCCCGUCAUCCUCGGGCCCACAGGAAAUACCACAGCUGUACUCACCUCCGACCCCACUCCAGUUCCCUCUGCCUCCAGGGUCCCAGCAGUGCCCUCCUGCAGGCCUCUAUGGCGCCCCGUUUGCAGCACGCCCUUCCUACCCACAAGCCCACAUGACCGCACAUCCAUCUCAGGAGCUGCACCCCAAACACUACCCCAAACCCAUCUACUCCUACAGCUGUCUGAUCGCCAUGGCCUUGAAGAGAGGAAGGUCAGGAAGCAGGCGGAUCUCUGUGAUCUACCGGGCCUCCAUGUGCCCCCCACAGACGGCGCCCGACGGCUGGAAGAAUUCAGUAAGGCACAACCUGUCACUCAACAAGUGCUUCGAGAAGGUGGAAACCAAAUCCAGCGGCUCCUCCCGCAAGGGCUGCCUGUGGGCCCUGAACCUGGCGCGCAUCGACAAGAUGGAGGAGGAGAUGUAUAAGUGGAAGAGGAAGGACCUCGCGGCCAUCCGCCGCAGCAUGGCCAACCCGGAGGAGUUGGACAAGCUCAUCUCAGACCGGCCGGAAAGCUGCCGGCGUCCUGGCAAACCAGGGGAGCCCGAGGCCACCGUGCCGACUCACGCCACCACAGUGGCCAUGGUCCACAGCUGCCUGGCCACCUCCCAGCUCCCGCCAAAGCCACUGAUGACCCUGUCCCUGCAAUCAAUCCCCCUGCACCACCAGGUCCAGCCCCAGACACACCUGGACCCAGACUCCCCGGCACCAGCUCAGACCCCACCACUUCAUGCCCUACCCCAUCUCAGCCCAGGGCCUCUCCCGCAGCCAGCCAUGGGGAGGCCUCCUGGGGACUUCCUCAACAUCAGCACCGACAUGAAUACGGAGGUGGAUGCCCUGGACCCCAGCAUCAUGGACUUCGCUCUACAGGGUAACCUUUGGGAAGAGAUGAAGGAGGACAGCUUCAGCCUGGAGACGCUGGGGGCCUUUGGAGACUCCCCACUGGGCUGUGACCUGGGGGCCCCAAGCCUGACCCCCGUCUCUGGCGGCGGCGACCAGACCUUCCCUGAUGUGCAGGUGACAGGUCUCUAUGCUGCAUACUCAACCCCAGACAGCGUGGCCCCGGCGAUGGGCACCUCCGCUCAGUACCUGGGUCCUCCAGGGAAUAAGGCCAUAGCUCUGCUUUAGGCCACCGGUCUGGAGGAAGGCACCGUGGCCACAACAGUGUCUCCAGCCGCUGGUGGAUGAGGAAGUCCCAAUGCUUAGUUCCUCCUGCUCUCCCCAUGCCACCACCAGACACUUCUGGGGCACCCAAGUCAGAAGCAUGGGGGGAUGUCAAGCACCCCACCCCACCUUCUCCUGCAGGGCCUGAGACAGGGGCAUGGCCGUGUUGAGGUCUGGCUCCCGGCAGGCACUGGGUGGUCAGCGGCCCACCUGGGGGCACAGCAGUGUGUCAGAGAGACCCAGGAGAGAAAGCUCUAAGCACACAUGCUUUCCCAGGAAAGCAACCCCUGCCUGUGCCUCAGAGAGUGGCCCGAGGCAGGAAAGGGCUGGGCCAGUCUUGGACCUGCCUUGGAGGUAAGACAGUUGACCUCUGCCAUGGGCUCCUGCCCACCACUCCUGGAGUUUCCUGUGCUGACCACUGGGACCAUGUGUAAAUGUAUUUAUUUUUAUUGCGACCCCAGCUGAGGUCCCUGGAAUGAGACUGGGCAGACUCCACACCACUCAGCAAUCCUGACUCCCUAGUGACCCCGAGUUACAUCUCCAGCCUGCUCAGGCAUCAGUCCCGGCAGCCCUGCCGUUCAGAGAAUGAGCAAGCACUUUUGCUACUGGGAAGCACCUGGCCGUUUUCCUACUAGGUCAGAUCUUUCCCCCAGUGUUUAAUCAUGGCUCACACCUACUCCUGGGGACACCCAGGAGGGGAGGUGCCGUAGCAGCAGUGAGUUUGGAAGGGAUCCCAAACUGUGGGCUGAGAAGAGGAAGAAAAGAGAGACCUGUCUGUGCCAGGUUUGGGAUGUUCGUGACAAGACGAGAACCUCCAGCCCUGAGCGCCCUGAGCCCUGCACAGCGUGGAAUAUUGGUGCCCUCUCCUGCCCAUAUCUAAUAUUGUGCUCUUGUUCCACGACUGUUUUUUCCAAGCGAGGGUUCUGCAAGCAGGCGGGUCUCUUUUCCACCUUGAUGCUGGUCUGACCCCACGUCUGGAAGUUCACACCCUAGGGCCAAAUGUUCUGAAGAACCAGCGUGUGGGCCAGUUGUCUGGAAGGAUGAUGCGAGGCCUUGUCUUCAAGGGCCGUCUUCCAGGCCUUCCCCUACCUCCGUGGGUGCAUCCCUGUCUCUAGACCAUGCAGCCCAGCCCCUCUGGCCAGGCUUGCUCAGCUGCUGUGUGCUAGGGCUCUUGAUAAGUCAUGGUGUUUAAGUGUUAAAACCCUGCAUCCAGGCAGUGCCAAGACUCUGUAGUAUAGUACCAAGUAACUGUCUACUGUCAAUAAAGGCCGAACAGCAGCAGCGUGGCUCAGUAUAGACAGCGGAGACAGACAGACAGACAGACAGACACACACACACACACACACACACACACACACA